AUGAUUUCCGCGCUUCUUGAGGCAAAGGCUUUCCGCUCCUUCCGCCUUCUGUUCCGCACUCCCGCAUCUUCUGGCGCCACCCCCGUAGCGCGAGUCACACUACCAGCGUCCAUCGCUUCUGUACGUCCUGAGCUAUUUCCCCCCGCCAAUACGUUCGCCAUGGCCGCCGUCGCCGCCGCAGCUCCAGUAGCAGCAGCGGGAGGUGUGGCAGCGGGCGCGGGAGCAGAGGCGGCGGAGAUUCGGCAGCCGAGGAAGGCCGUGCGCACGCUGCUGUCUCGGGAGCAGGCGGAAGGCGCUGGGGCGCGCGUCAGACGCAGCAUCGGCAGGUGGGUGGUGUGGGCGGCGGGAGAUGGGGAGGCUUGGCAGGGGACGGGCAAUGGGAGUGGGGGCGGGUGCGGCGGUGAACUAGGGCAGAGAAGGGGAGAGUGGUGCGAGGAGAAGGGGAUUGGGACGUGCUGCGAGAGGCCGGAGCUGCGGCAACUGGACCCCUUCCUCAUGCUCGACGAGUUCAAGGCGGCGGACGCGGCGGCGGGCUUUCCAGACCACCCCCACCGAGGCUUUGAAACCGUCUCCUACCUGAUUCAGGGUUCGUUCGUGCACGAGGACUUUAACGGCCACAAGGGGCAGCUGCAUGCAGGGGACGUGCAGGUGGGCGCUGGGUGGGUAGUGUGGUGGGGGCCGCUGUGUGAGUGGCUACAGCCAUGCAUUGCACUCCGCCCUGCCCUGCUCGUCUCACAACUGGGCGCCCAUGCCAUGCCAGCUGCUUGCAACCAUCCCCUCACCAUCCCUUCCGCCCUGCCCUUGCUCUCUGCCCGUGCUGUGGCCAAUCAGUGGAUGACAGCUGGCAGGGGCGUGGUGCACUCAGAGAUGCCUGGCGAGGGUCCCACGCACGGGCUGCAGCUCUGGGUCAACCUGGCGGCUAAAGACAAGAUGUGA